CGCUGCACGGUCGCGGCAGCCAAGAAGCGAGGGGCACAAAAGGCGUGCUGGGAAAUGCACAAACGUGAUGAAUUAAUCAGCGACUCGGUUUUCCGACCCGUGCAUUUCGUUUGGAUCGCGCCGACUCCAGCUCGCGCUCCGGGGCUGAAUGGAGAGACUCGGCGGAGAGACGCGACGCGGCGGCGGCGGAGAAGCGCGUGAGCAGUGAGAGGCGUGCGGAGACGACUUAACGCUUAGAGAGAGAGAGAGAGGGGAGAAGAGAAGAGAAGAGAGAGGGAAGAAACAGGGAAGAGGGGAGGGAUAGAAAACGCCCUUCUCAACACCCCUCUUGUGCGAAAGGGAAAAUACAUAAAUAAAUAAAUCAUAAUAAAUAAUAAAUACUAAAAGCCCAGGACCAGGGGAUCUGAGCAUGGCGCGCGCGGAGGACUGAGUUUUUGGGGUCCUGCCCGACUUUUCAAACUUAAUUGGAGGAGCAUUUCCGGUUGGAUUAACCCACAGUUGUUUUUCCCUGGCGGUGAGGAGGGAGAUCCUAAAAAACCCUACAGGCCAAAGAGGAGCUCCACUUAUUUUCUCUGGUUUUAAUGUAGUGUCCUCUCUCGCGCAGGGAUCUGACCCUCACCCCCACCGAGCACUGUCUGAUCUAAGGAUAUGAUCUGAUCUCAUCUGAUCCAAGGAUGUCUUUGGGAGCCGAAAGCAGGAUGGAGAAGCGGCAGAGGAAACUGGAGGCCAUGAUCAGAGACCCGCGCUCUGCCAUCAACCUGGAAAGUUUACUGGACGCCAUGAACGCCCUGGUGCUGGACCUCAACUUCCCCGCCUUACGCAAAAACAAGAACAUCGAAACCUUCUUGAACCGAUACGAGGCAGUAAUGGGUGAUAUCAGAGACCUGCAGAUGAAGCCGGAAGAUUUCGACAAGGUGAAGGUGAUCGGCAGGGGAGCGUUCGGAGAAGUGCAGCUGGUGAGACACAGAGCAUCUCAAAAGGUUUACGCCUUGAAGUUGCUGAGUAAAUUUGAGAUGAUCAAGCGAUCAGACUCUGCGUUUUUCUGGGAGGAGAGAGACAUUAUGGCGUUCGCACACAGCCCCUGGGUCGUACAGCUGUGCUGUGCGUUUCAGGACGACCGGUUCCUCUACAUGGUGAUGGAGUACAUGCCGGGCGGAGACCUGGUCAACCUCACCAGUACGUACGACGUUCCUGAGAAGUGGGCCAAGUUCUACACGGCCGAGGUAGUCAUGGCUCUGGACGCCAUCCACUCCAUGGGCUUCAUCCACCGGGACGUGAAGCCCGACAACAUGCUGCUGGACCACAACGGCCACCUCAAACUUGCUGACUUCGGCACCUGCAUGAAGAUGGACUCGACGGGCAUGGUGCACUGUGACACGGCGGUGGGCACGCCCGACUACAUCUCCCCCGAGGUGCUGAAGUCACAGGGAGGGGACGGGUACUACGGGCGCGAGUGUGACUGGUGGUCUGUUGGAGUCUUUAUUUUUGAGAUGCUUGUAGGUGACACCCCAUUUUACGCCGACUCCCUGGUAGGAACCUACAGUAAAAUCAUGGACCAUAAGAACUCGCUGAACUUUCCUGAUGAUGUUGAGAUCUCAGAAGAGGCCAAAAAUAUCAUCUGUGCAUUCCUGACUGACAGAGAGGUGCGUUUAGGACGGAACGGUGUGGAAGAGAUUAAGAGACAUCCGUUCUUCAAAAACGACCAGUGGACCUUCGACACCAUCAGAGAAACCGCGGCCCCCGUCGUACCCGAGCUGAGCAGCGACAUCGAUACCAGUAAUUUCGACAACAUUGAGGACGACAAGGGCGACGCGGAGACGUUCCCUACCCCUAAAGCCUUUGUAGGGAACCAGCUGCCCUUCGUCGGAUUCACGUAUUUCAAAGAAGACCAACUGUUAAAGGCUUUCAACAGUUCAUCAGAGCGUACUUCUGUUAAGGAAGAGGACGGUGUUGUGCUCCAGAAGAAGCUUCACUCCUUAGAGGAGCAGCUGAAUAACGAGAUGCAGGCCAAAGACGAGCUGGAGCACAAGUACAGGACGAGCAGCGCACGGCUCGACAAGAUCGCCAAAGAGCUCGAGGAAGAGAUGAGCAGUAGGAAAGCUCUGGAGUCGUCCCUCAGACAGCUGGAGAGAGAGAAAGCUCUCCUGCAGCACAAAAGCGUCGAGAGCCACAGAAAGGCAGAGAGCGAGGCGGAUCGCAAACGCUGCCUCGAAAACGAAGUGAACAGUCUGAGGGAUCAGCUCGAGGAGAUGAAGAAGAAAAACCAAAACACGCACAUUUCUAAUGAGAAGAACAUCCACCUGCAGAGACAGCUGGAAGAGGCGAACGCGUUACUGCGGGCGGAGUCGGAAGCGGCGGCUCGUCUGCGCAAGUCGCAGACGGAGGGCAGCAAACAGCUGCAGCAGCUGGAGACGCACCUGCGCGAGCUGCAGGAUAAAUGCUGCCUGCUGGAGAGCAGCAAACUGACGCUGGAGAAAGACCACAUCAGCCUGCAGGCGGCGCUAGACACAGAGAAACGGGAACACACACAGCGCACGGAGACCAUCGCCGACCUGCAGGCGCGUCUCUCGGGUCUGGAGGACGAGGUGAAGCAGACGAGACAGGCGCUGUCCAAAGCCGAGACUGAGAAGAGACAGCUGCAGGAGAAACUCACCGAUUUGGAAAAGGAGAAGAGCAAUAAGGAGAUUGACAUGACGUACAAGCUGAAGGUUCUGCAGCAGAGUCUGGACCAGGAGGAGACGGCGCACAAAGCUACGAAGACCCGCCUCGCCGACAAGAACAAGAUCAGCGAGUCCAUCGAGGGAGCCAAGUCCGAGGCGGUGAAGGAUCUGGAGCAGAAGCUCCAGGCCGAACGUUCUGCAAAGCUGCAGGUGGAGAACCGGCUGCUCGAGCUGGAGAAACACAACUCCAUGUUGGACUGCGAUUACAAACAGGCGCUGCACAAACUCGACGAGCAGUGCAGACACAAGGACCAGCUCACUGAGGAGGUGAAGAACCUUUCUCUGAAGAUCGAGCAGGAGGUUCAGAAGCGCAUUCUGACCCAGAACGACCUGAAGGUACAGAACCAGCAGCUUAGCAGCCUGAAGACCUCGGAGAAACAGCUCAAACAGGAGAUGAAUCACCUGCUGGACAUCAAACGCAGCCUGGAGAAGCAGAUCAUGGAGCUCCGCAAGGAGCGUCAGGAUUCUGAUGGACAGAUGAAGGAGCUUCAGGAUCAGCUGGAGGCGGAACAGUACUUCUCAACGCUGUACAAGACUCAGGUGCGGGAGUUGAAGGAGGAGUGUGAGGAGAGAAAUAAGCUUUAUAAAGACAUGCAACAGAAUCUGCAGGAGCUGCAGGAGGAGAGGGACUCUCUGGCCGCUCAGUUGGAGAUCACCCUGACGAAGGCCGACUCGGAGCAGCUGGCUCGCUCCAUCGCUGAGGAACAGUAUUCUGAUUUGGAGAAGGAGAAGAUCAUGAAGGAGCUGGAGAUUAAGGAGAUGAUGGCCAGACACAGACAGGAACUCGCUGAGAAGGACACGACAAUCAGCUCGUUGGAGGAAGCUAACCGCAUGCUAACGAGUGAUGUAGCAAACCUGGCUAACGAGAAGGAAGAACUCAACAACAAACUGAAGAACGUACUGGAUGACAUGCUGAAGCUGAAGGACGAUGAACAGUCCAUCACACACAUGAAGCUCGCGUUUGAGAAGCAGCUGCAGUCAGAGAGGACUCUUAAAACACAGGCUGUAAACAAACUAGCUGAAAUCAUGAACAGGAAAGAUCUGCGUGUCCCCGGAAGUCGGCGUGGAAACGACACGGAUGUGAAGAGGAAGGAUAAAGAAAACAGGAAACUACAGCUGGAGCUGCGAUCUGAACGCGAGAAACUGAACAGCACCAUCAUCAAAUAUCAGCGAGAAAUCAGCGAAAUGCAAGCGCAACUAGCGGACGAGUCUGUGGUGCGCGUGGAGCUGCAGAUGGCCCUGGACAGUAAAGACAGCGAUAUCGAGCAGCUCCGCGGCCUCCUCAACUCCGUCAACGUGCACUCGCUCGACUCGGCCAGCAUGAGCAGCGGGCCCGAGUUCGAAACGGACGAAUCGCUCCCAGAGACCCGGUUAGAGGGCUGGCUGUCCCUCCCCGUGAGGAACAACACCAAGCGCUUCGGCUGGGAGAGAAAAUACGUCGUGGUGAGCAGCAAGAAGAUCCUGUUCUACGGCAGCGAGCAGGACAAAGAGCUCUCCAAUCCCUACAUGGUGCUGGAUAUAGAUAAACUCUUCCACGUGCGUUCGGUCACCCAGACGGACGUCUACCGCGCAGACGCUAAAGAAAUCCCUCGAAUAUUCCAGAUCCUGUACGCUAACGAGGGCGAGAGUAAGAAAGAGCAGGAAGUGGAGCCGCUGCCCAUCGGAGAGAAAUCCAGCUACAUCUGCCACAAAGGGCACGAGUUCAUCCCGACGCUCUACCACUUCCCUACCAACUGCGAGGCCUGCACCAAGCCGCUGUGGAACAUGUUCAAGCCGCCUCCCGCCCUCGAGUGCCGCCGCUGCCACAUCAAGUGCCACAAAGACCACAUGGAUAAGAAGGAGGAGGUGAUCGCGCCGUGCAGAGUGAACUACGACGUGAGUACGGCGAAGAACCUGCUGCUGCUGGCAGCGUCUCAGGAGGAGCAGCAGAAGUGGGUCAGCAGGCUGGUUAAGAAGAUCCCUAAAAAGCCUCCGGGCCCCGAGUGGAGCCACCGCUCGUCCCCGCGCGUCCCCGCUAAAGUCCAGGCCAGCCAGUCGUUGAGGAGAACCAGCCGCCAGCUACAGGCCGGGAAAACCAGCUAACCUCACUUUGGGAAUGUGGUGUAACUUCAUGCUGAGGUUGGGCUCUCCUGUAAUCACACCAAGAACUUAACGUUUUGAUAAUGUUUCAUCGAUCCAAAAUUAGCGAGAAAACGUUACGUUACCGGUUUUGCGAGCUUCGCCAUUUAGGGACAUCUCUGAGGUUUUCCAGGACGGUUUAAAAAAGAUUUCCUGAGAAAUGCGAGAAGACAAGUCUCUCCAAAGCCUGGAUCUUCACCUUCAGCUCCAGAACACUUUUAUUUUUUUCCUUCACUAAAGCAGAAUGCAAAGCACUCAGAUGGACUGAGGCACCAAAGGGACACACUACAAGAUUGUGGAGAAAUCUGUGAUAUUAUGGUCGGGGGAAAAAACACAAUACUCCCGUAUGCUGGGAAGAGGUGUGUGCCGAUAUUACAUCACGAUAAUUGGCCAAACUUUUAUCACGGUUUUACGAUAUCAUCACAUCAGGGAAGGACUGAUACAGCCUGAUAGCUUUUUAAAACAUUUUUAAAUUGUGAUUUACAGGAUCCAUGUGCUGCGACUAGUUUUUGAAGGUACAAAGCCUGAAGAGGAACCGCGACAUGCCGUGAGAUAGAUACCUUCUUAGAAAAUGUAGGGUUCUUAAGGGUUACUUGGUUGUCCGUCUCAAAAGAGCUUUCAGGUGGAACCUUGUUGGCAUCCAGGAAGCUUGAAUAAUUAUCUAAAAAUGAGGACCUUUAGAAGACUUUCGUAGGUAGCUGGAGGGCAACAUUUGUCCUGUACUCUUGAGAACUUAUAAUCCUCAAUACCCCAUCUCACCUACGUGGUUUCGCGCGUUGGCCGUAAGUACGGUUCAUCAUGAUUCACCAAGAGUUUUGGCGCUGUGAUUAGGUUUCCAUCUUUCCGCGCUUAAAAUUAAACAUGUUAAAUUUUUUUGCCGGCCCUCGCGGAAGCUCGCGGACGUCGGGAGGUCACACCAUAGUCAAACCGCAUAGGAGAGAUAGGGGUAUAAGAGUUCUUUCUUUGUCUGUUUUAAGCAAGCUAAGAAUACUAAAUUACAAAAAAAAAGUAACGAGAGCCUUUAGGAAACUUUUAAUGCUGAACAUCUCAAGGGGAACUUUGCAAGAACCCCAGCAGCCACGCAGCUACACUUUAAGAAAUCUUAUUGUCUGUUACGGUUUUUUGGUUGUUCCUCUGGGAAAACACUGUUUUGCCACCAAAAUGGGUUCCAAGUAGAACCUUUUAAGCAAGAUAGAAAGCCUUUCUUAUCGAGAAUAAGAAGCUUUAUAGGGCUAUCAAAGGUGAACAACUCAUGGGGCAAAGUUUUGAUGGUUGAACCCUGCACAGCCGCUCCAAUGUCUCACUUUAAACUUCAGCCGAUUCACAAUCGAUGCAGAACCCCUAACGAUUCUUAAUUCGAUCCUCAGCCCAAAUAGGACCUUUUCCACAAGCGGACAAACCAUAAUCAUCCAAGUAACCUUUCAAGAAGCCUUAUUUUUUAAGAGGGUAGGUCAGCAGCUUACCCGAAAAUGAAUCUAGAACUUUUUCCUCCCAAACAGAAUUGGGAUUGACUGCUCCGCGAAAGACGCCUGUAAUAACCGUCAAAAAUUUGGCUGAAGUAAUUUGUCUGUAUCUUGAUAUCCUGCCCAAAUCCUCGUAAAUGGAACGCUCGAUUUCGAAUGUCCGAGAUAACAGUAUUGAUCGAUAUCGUGAUAUAUCGUAUGACCAGUUCGGCACGUGCCUAAUUCCAUCCCGUGUGUAACUGAAUGCAUGUAUUACAUUAAGCUCUAUAGACACGUUUUUUACAUCAGGUUUCGAGAUGGAGGAGUUGGAGAUGGAGAGUGUCUCCAGGACUGUGGUAUUCGGUACUUUACACUACGUCAGAGAGAGCCACCACACACACAAAACACACACACACACACACACACACACAAACACACACAUCAUGCAUAGAAAGGCACGGUCUGUUUAUUGCUAAUGGAAUAUUCCAUUAUGACCGUGUCUUGCAGUGUAAACCACACGCUCUUUAAACAAAGGUACCUCUUUCAAGUACCUCGACCUGUUCCUAGGGCAGAAUGUAAUGACCCGUUGAUCUGGACUGGAAUCUGACAGCUAGACGCAAGUCAAUAGUGUUCAAAAUGACGCAUCGCUAGCUACAGCAGAUUCUUGAAAAAUCCUAAAUGUUUGUUUCAAACCAAGUUUUAAACGACUGAAAUAAUAAUAAUGGCUCCAUAAAAGCGAGCUAUAAUAAUAACAAACAUAUGACUUGGUCUACUUAUUAUUGUAUAAUUCAUUGCAAGUCACUUGAUCAUUUCCUGUGAGCUUAUUCGUCUACCUGGUCCUCAUUUUAUUGUUUUAUGUUUGCUGUUUAAUACAUUCCUGCCCAAAAAAACAGUAAAAAGCCUUUACAAAUUGAGUUGUUUUUAAAUAAUCGCAAGAACUACCAGAAUUUUACAAUUUCUUAGAAACUUCGCCUCCUGUUGCAUGUCCAGUACAGUAUGUAACCAAUCAGAUGCUUUCUGCCCUAGGAAGAGGUUCGGGUGAGUUAAACUCCCAUGAUCACUUAACCCACUGCUCAGUGAAUGUAAAGUCGGGACAGUUUUUAUACCUGUGUGAGAAUGAAAACAAAACUAGCAUUAUUUUUAAUUCUUCGAGGAAAAGUAUUUUUAUUAUUUAGAAAAAGAAAAAACUUAUGUGUGCUUAUUGUUUUAUUUGGAAAUAAAAUUGAAACCCACAAUUAAAUCCCAGAUCUGAAAUCUAUCGCACAUCCAAGUCUGGCUAUUUUGUGGUUUGAAGUGAUGCAAGUAUUUUUCUAUAGAGCGCAAGCCGAGUGUGUUUGCGCGAGUGAACGAAGCCUUCGAGUGCCGUGAACGUGUUACUCAUACUGUACUUUAUUUUUUACAGAGCUCCUCAUGGUAUGACACGAUUAUCUGUAAACCUACACCGUCUGUCGGACAUGCCAUCCUUCAGUCAUGUGCUUUAUUUAUACUGGCCUGAGCACUUUUCACGUUAAAGCGCCCCCUUCAGGUCUGCAUGUUUUCUAAAGGCUGUAUCGUUUGACAAUAGAACGAAAUCCUGUAUGUAGCCUCUGUGGUUUGAAGUACCUGUAUAACAUUUGCUUAUUUUUGUAAACAAUAAAAAAAAAAGUAAUCUAUAUAGCUGUGAAUGUAGUUAUGGAAGUAAAGUUUUAA